AUGUCUAGAUUUAAUCCUUUAACAUGGUUGUGGCCAAAUUCCUCUUCUGCAUUGACUCUAUCCCCCGACUCAACAGCAAACGCUACAGUCUUUGCCGAAAUUCCACCAUUACCGACGAUUGAUACUUGUUUCGCUUACGGCUCAAACAUGUCCGCUGACCAAAUGAAUGAACGAAAGGUUCCGUGGACGAACCGAUACGCGGCUGCAAUGCGUGAUUAUCGUCUUGCAUUCAACUCAGACGGUGGGACAAAGGCCGCUGCGAACAUCAUGUCACAUCCGGGGGAGAAUGUGUAUGGAAUCGUGUAUGAAGGUUGUAAUAGUCAAUCAUUUGAGAAUCUUGACUGGUAUGAGGAGGUCGAAAAAGGAAGGUAUGUACGAGUGGAAGCGGAUAUCUUAAUGCCGCUUACUGAGGAUAGACUUUGGAGGUACGGGCUGGAUGGCGAAUUUUUGAAUGGGAACAAACUCGGGAAAAAAGAUCCUGUGAAGAGUACUCGAGCGGUAGUAUAUAUUGGCGCGCCUCCCUUCAUUAGGGAAGGAUUAUUGCCCACUAGGGAAUAUUUACGUAGGAUUUUAAAGGGAAAGGAUUAUUUACCGGAAGAAUAUUUUGAAAAACUUCAACAGACCCCGGUUCAAUUAUUGUAG